AUGGACUUAGGGACGGUGAAGUUGAUCUUGGUGCUUCCAAGACGAUGGAACGUACCUGUACGCCAUGGUGACGUACCAAAUGCGUACGUAAAGGCGGAUAAGGAGGAGCACUUGGACAUCUACAUAAAAGUGCCGAAGGGGAUGAGUCUAGGCGAAAAUGAGCUCGAAAGUCUGGGAGUCAAGACUUUAAGCGAUUUGGCGCUACUGCUAUAA